AUGGGGACCUGCACAGGGGAGGAAGACCCUCCUGCUCCCCCUGCCUCUGACCAGGAGAAGGUCUGCCGAGAUUUUGCUGUCCUGGAGGACCACACCCUGGCUCACAGUCUGCAGGAACAAGAGAUUGAGCAUCACUUGGCAUCGAAUGUUCAGCGAAACCGCUUGGUCCAACAUGAUCUCCAGGUGGCUAAGCAACUCCAGGAAGAAGAUCUAAAAGCCCAGGCUCAACUCCAGAAGCGCUACAAAGACCUUGAACAACAAGACUGUGAAAUUGCUCAGGAAAUCCAGGAGAAGUUGGCAAUUGAGGCAGAGAGACGCCGCAUUCAGGAGAAGAAAGAUGAGGACAUAGCGCGAAUUUUGCAAGAAAAGGAGUUAAAAGAAGAAAAAAGGCGAAAGAAACACUUUCCAGAAUCCUCAGGAGCCAAUACUUAUGGACAUAAUUGCUAUUACGAAGAUGGAGACCAACCAAGGUCAAGGAGGGCCAGGGUGUUGGGUUCUGAAUUCUCAAGGAUUGGUAGAAUCAAAAACGAUGGCAAGCCUGGGAAGCAGAGGAGGGAGAAACCAACAAUCCCACUGGAUCACUUGGAAGACCUGGAAGAGCACUGUUCACCUGAGCAAUCCCUGUCAUCCUGCCACCAGGACAGAGAGAGGGGCAAUUCCCAAAUCAACAGUGAACAGCGAGAAAGGAAGCGGUGUGGCUACGAGAGGCCUUUGCUUCCCAAGAUCGGUGGAGAGGUGUAUCUCAGCACUGAGUCUGAUGACUGGGAGGCUAACCAGCAGAAUCAAACUUGGGAUUGGGAAAAACAGUCCCAACUUCAAGACCGGCUUUCACCCAAGUCCUCAGAGAAAGCCGGGCUUCACUGCAAGGAUGUUGUAUAUGGGAGGGACCAUGGGAAGGGUGAGCGCAGCAAAAGGAGACACAGGCCAAGGACUCCUCCCUUUUCAGAAAGAGAGGAGCAGCUCCACUUCAAUGCCACAGGAACAAAACCAAGAGGAGUGAAAGAAAUUGUUUAUACUCCAUCCCAAGUGGCCAACAGGGACCAGGAGUUGUAUGAUGCAGAAAUCGCCAGAAAGCUGCAAGAAGAAGAACUUUUGGCUACGCAGGUGGACAUGAGAGCAGCUCAAGUAGCCCAGGAUGAGGAAAUUGCUCGACUGCUGAUGGCUGAGGAGAAAAAAGCAUAUCAGAAAGCCAAGGAACGGGAGAAAUCAUCGUUGGACAGAAGGAAGUAUGACGCUGAGUGGAAGCCAAAAUCUGCCAAAUCAACACACCCAAAUUCAAAAGAAAGUGAUGAAUCUCACCGUUCUAAGAAUGACCGGCCAGCACGGCCCCGCCCCCCUGCCGUGACAGGUGCUGAGGGUGUGGAUUUUACUCCUUCUACAGACCAGCAUAGUGCCACACGCCAUUUCUCAAAAUCAGAAGCCUCUCAUAAAGGUUUCCAUUACAAGCAGUAAAAUCCAAGGAUUCUGCCUUGAUACGGACUCACUGUAGCACAUAUUAUUGGACAACACAGAAUGCGUUCCGCAUUUAUUUUUCCUCCUAUAUUUGCUUUUCUAGGAUUCGUCCUUACCUGUUUUUCUAAACAUAAAUAAUUUGAAUACA